CAGGGUGAGAGAGAGAACACCGAUGACUUUCUAUGAACAUGGCCGCUCAAGAUGAACUCAAUCAACUGGAGAGAGUUUUCUUGCGUUUGGGCCAUGCCGAGACAGAUGACCAACUCCAGGACAUCAUAUCCAAGUUCCUGCCCCCGGUCCUCCUCAAACUGUCCAGCGUGCAGGAGGGAGUCAGGAAGAAAGUGAUGGAGCUACUGGUCCACCUGAACAAGAGGAUUAAGAGCAGACCUUUGAUCCAGCUACCAGUAGAGACUCUCCUGGUUCAGUACCAGGACCCUGCUGCAGCAUCCUUUGUUACGAAUUUCACCAUCAUUUACAUCAAGAUGGGUUACCCUCGACUGGAGGUGGGGAAACAGUGUGAGCUGGCACCAACCCUGCUGACUGCUAUGGAGGGCAAGCCUGAGCCCCAACAGGAUAGCUUGAUGCAUCUGCUGAUCCCAUCCUUGUAUCACAUGAAGUACCCAAAGGACUCCUCCAACACUUCCAAGGUGGCCUCUCCCUUCAUCCUGAUGGAGAAACCCAAGACGGUUCAGUUACUGCUGGAGUUCAUGCUGGACGUACUGCUGAUGCCCUACGGGUUUGUCCUGAACGAGCCUCCCACUCGUCCAGCUCCCUCUUCCCCUCAGGGUAGCGCUGGGGCAGCGGCGGCCGGACAGGGCCUCCCCCAGCCUCCUCCAGGGAUGAGCGUCUACGCUGCCAAGAGGGUCAUCGGAGAGGCCCAGUGGAGCCCAGAGCAGCUGGAACAGUGUAAGCUAGGCAUAGUGAAGUUCAUCGAGGCAGAACAGGUACCGGAGGUGGAGACGGUGAUACACCUGGUGGUCGCCUCUAGCGACACGAGACACGGCGUUGCCACGGCCGCAGACCUGGAGCUCAAGAGCAAGCAGAGUAUUAUCGACUGGAACAACCCCCUGAUCGUCAACAAGAUGUACAAGGUCUACCUGGGAGACAUCCCGCUCAAAACUAAGGGGGCCAGUCUGAAGAGGGAGCUGAAACAUGAGCCGGUCAGCACCAGAGUCAAGAUGAAGAUCCUACCACAUCUCUUACGCUCACGCCUCGCCGCUGAGUGCUUCCCCGCUAACAUACAGGUGGUGUACGACGGUCUGUUUGGAGCCAACACCAACAACAAGCUGCUCUCUCUCACACUUCAGUUUGUCCACCACAUCUGUCAGGUAUGCCCUGAUACCAACAAGCCACUGGGUCUGAUGCUGCUGAAUGGCCUCACCAAGCUCAUCAAUGAGUACAAGGAGGAUCCUAAGUUGCUGUGUAUGGCCUACUCUGCUGUGGGGAAACUCGCCAGCCGGAUGCCCCAACUCUUCACCAAAGAUAUUGCACUGGUCCAGCAGUUCUUUGAGGCCAUGUGCAAGGAGGAGCCUGACGUCCGUCUAGCCAUCCAGGAGGCUCUGUCUAUGAUGGUGGGAGCCUACGCUAACCUGCAGGGGGCGCUACUGAACCUGAUGGAAGCUCUGGUGGCAGCUUACAUGGGCAAGCCUGAGGUGCAGGUGCGUCAGGUGGCAAUGAAGUACGCCAGCACGGUAUUCGCUCCUGAUCACGUACCCUCCAGAUACUUGCUCCUAUUGGCUGCCGGGGACCCGAGAGAAGAGGUGUGCAGCGAGGCCCAGCGUGUCCUGAGGGCUCUGCCUGCUAAGAACUCGGAGAAAGAGGGCCGUAAACCCAUGCCCUCCUUCCCUGACAUGGUGGCCUACAUCCAGGAGAAGGCUGCUCAGAGGAUGAAGACACCAGCUAAGUACAUCGUGGGGACGUACACUCUACCCUUCAACCCUUCUGCAUUUGGCGAGAUCGUGCUGUACCUGCGGAUGUGUCUGGCCCACAGUGCCGGGGCCACGCCCGUCUCUAAGAGCCUGGCGGACAUGCAGGACGACGCGCCUGCCAUCGGACGCUACAUAAACACCCUGCUCUCCAACGACCCCCUGACCUCCCCGUCCUCCACUGGAACCAAGGGGGCGGAGGUCAACCCUGUACAGGUCUACAUGGAGCUACUGCAGCAGCUGCUGUCUGCUGUAGGAGGAGUCCCUGUGAUGUACUGUCUUCUGGAGGUGGUGUCUGUCUGUCCUCACAACCUGGCCCCCAAGUUUAUCCACAAGAUCGACUGGAUCAAGAGUCUAAUGAACACCAACAAGGAGGACCUAAGAGAGCUAGCAGCUCAGCUCUACGCUGUGGUGGUGUCCACCAUGUCAGGAAACGAGCUGAAGACUGCCGUUCAGACGCUCAUCAAGAUCACUAAAGAUACGCACAGCCCUGAGACCCAGCACGGAGCCAUCAUGGCGCUGGGCUACAUGGUGGCCAGGUACAUGAGCAAGAGGAAGUCCUUCGCUAACGGAGACUCCGCCCUCAACCGGGAACAGAGGAUGAACGACACGCCCAAGGAGGAUGAGGAGCUGGUCGCUAUAGCAACCAAAGCCAUCGGCUCUUUCCUAGACAGUGGUUCCCCCCUGCUGGCGGUCGCUGCCUGUACGGCCCUGGGGGAGAUCGGGAGGAACGGGACUCUGCUCAUCCCUUCAGAAGGAGAGGGAUUCACCAAACUAGCCAUGGUGGAGAACAUGCUGGCUCGCAUCCCCUCUGGGAAAGAGACCCUCAAGAUGAAGGAGAGGGCCAUCCAGACUCUGGGUUAUCUACCAGUGGGGGACGGAGACUUUGCCCACCAGAAGAAGCUGCUGCAGGGGCUCAUGGACUCUGUGGAGGCUAAACAGGUAGAACUACAGUUUACAGUAGGUGAGGCCAUCACCAGUGCUGCUAUAGGGACCAGUUCUGGAGCUGCCAGGGACCCAUGGACCUGUACUGAGGAACAAUACAGUCCCCCAGACAAUGUGCAGAGUAACGAUGUGGUGCCUUGGGUGCUGAACUCCAUCCUGGCUAAGUACAUCCCAAGUCAAAACCCCCACGUCAGACAGGCUGCCUGUAUAUGGCUGCUCUCUCUGGUCAAGAAGCUGCACCAACACAAAGAGAUCAGGUCUCACCUGAAGGAGAUCCAGACGGCCUUCAUCUCCAUCCUGUCAGACCCUGACGAGUUGAGUCAGGACGUGGCGUCUAAAGGUCUUGGUCUAGUCUAUGAGAUGGGAGGAGAGGGAGACCAGCAGGAACUGGUGUCUACACUGGUCGAAACACUGAUGACUGGCAAGAGGGUGAAGCACGCCGUGUCGGAGGACACCGAGGUUUUCCAGGGGGAAGCUCUGGGGAAAGCCCCCGACGGACACGGACUCUCCACCUACAAGGAGCUGUGCUCAUUGGCCAGUGACCUCAACCAACCGGAUCUGGUCUACAAGUUCAUGAACCUAGCCAAUCACCACGCCAUGUGGAAUUCCCGCAAGGGAGCAGCGUUUGGGUUCAACAUCAUAGCAGCGAAGGCAGGAGAGCAGCUCGCCCCCUACCUGCCCCAGCUGGUACCACGUCUGUACCGAUACCAGUUUGACCCCAACCUGGGCAUCAGGACCGCCAUGACCUCCAUCUGGGAUGCUCUGGUCACUGACAAGAACAUGGUGGAUAAGUAUCUGAAGGAGAUCCUCCAGGAUGUGAUAUCUAACCUGACCAAUAACAUCUGGAGGGCCCGAGAGUCCGCCUGCCUGGCUCUCAACGACCUCAUCAGAGGACGCAACGCUGACGAUCUCAUCGACCACCUGGAGGAGAUCUGGGAGACCCUGUUCAGGGUUCUGGACGACAUCAAGGAAUCUGUCAGGAAGGCAGCUGAUAUAACACUCAAAACACUGAGUAAGGUGUGUACUAGGAUGUGUGAGUCGUCAGGUUUAGCAGCCCAGAGGACUGUAGCUGUUCUGUUACCAACCCUCCUGGAUAAAGGCAUCGUCAGCAACGUGCCUGAGGUCCGCUCUCUCAGUAUCCAGACCCUGGUGAAGGUGUCGAAGACAGCUGGUAACAGGUUGAAGCCUCACGCCCCUCGUCUGAUCCCAGCCCUCCUAGAGGCCCUCAGUGUCCUGGAGCCACAGGUCCUCAACUACCUCAGCCUCCGAGCCACGGAGCAGGAGAAGAGUGCCAUGGAUGCAGCCAGACUCAGUGCUGCCAAGUCCUCCCCCAUGAUGGAGACCAUCAACAUGUGUCUGCAGCACCUGGACGUGUCUGUUCUGGGGGAGCUGGUCCCCAGACUCUGUGAUCUGCUGAAGAGUGGAGUGGGUCUGGGCACCAAGGGCGGUUGUGCCAGUGUGAUCGUGUCCCUCACCGUCCAGUGUCCCCAGGACCUCACCCCCUACUCAGGUAAACUGAUGAGUGCCCUACUGAAUGGAAUCCAUGACCGUAGCAGUGUUGUCCAGAAAGCAUUCUCCUUCGCUCUGGGACAUCUAGUCAGGACAGCGAAGGACAGCAGUGUAGAGAAACUCUUACUGAAACUCACCACCUGGUACAUGGAGAAAGAGGAGCCGGUGUACAGGUCGUCGUGUGCCCUGACGGUCCACGCUAUCAGCCACUACAGCCCUGAUGUCCUAAAGGGGCACGCAGUGGUAGCUCUACCUCUAGCCUUCCUGGGUAUGCACCAGGCGCCGGGACCGGACGAGGAGAAGGGAGAGAGCCAUGACGCCACGCUGUGGAACGAAGUCUGGCAGGAACACGUACCAGGAAGCUUCGGGGGCAUCCGUCUCUACAUGACGGAGCUGAUCGACAUUACCCAGAAGGCCUUGCAGUCCCAGUCGUGGAAGAUGAAGGCUCAGGGCGCGGCUGCCAUGGCGUCCAUCGCUAAGCAACAGACGGGUUCUCUGGUCGCCCCUCACCUGGGUAUGGUGCUGUCCGCUCUACUGCAGGGACUGGUUGGACGCACCUGGACUGGAAAGGAGGAGCUGUUGAACGCCAUCGGCUCUGUGGUGUCAAAGUGCAGUGGUGAGCUCCAGAAGUCAUCCCCGGGCCAGCCCAGUGUACCAGAGGUGAUAGAUCUGGUGUUGAAGGAGUGUCGUAAAGACAACCUGGUCUACAAGAUGGCUGCCCUGGGCUGUGCUGCCGACGUCCUGCAGGCCACACAGGAAGACCGCUUCAGUGAUAUGGCAGACAUACUCAUACCACUCAUUAAGAAGAACUCUGCAGCAACUUCCAGGUUGAGACGUGACAGUGAUGACGAUCGGGAUGAGAAGGAGAAGGAGCUGCAGACUGAAGCUCUACUCUGUGCCUUCCAGACGCUGGGCAAGACCUGGCCCAACAACACACAAACCCAGGAGCGUUUCCAGUUGGACCUGUGCUGUCUGAUGUGUGAGAGGUUGAAGCUCAGUACGUGGAGGGUCCAGGUGGGGGUACUACAGUCUAUGAAGGCGUACUUCCAGGGGUUGCUGCUGUUGGAGAACGCGAAAGACAACCAGAACUUCACAGCCUUGUCCCUUAUCCUCACAGAGACAUGCAGCGCUCUCACCCACCCACUAGAGAAUAAGAGUUACUCCUCUGUGAGGACCGAAGCGUUGUCUGUUGUGGAACUACUGGUGAAGAGGACCGGAGAGAGCGGUCAGUGGGAGUGUGUAUCGGGGAAGAGUCGCGAGCAGCUGCAACGUUCACUGUCCACCCUGCAGACAGACAGCAGACCUGACCUACGAGACAAGGCCCAGGAACUACGGAGGACCAUCCAGAGUCAACCCUGAACACACACACACACCUAGUCAGCCCUGAACACACACACACACACACACACCUAGUCAGCCCUGAACACACACACACACACCUAGU